GACUACUGCGAUGUCUAUCUCACGCAUGACUCGAUGAGUGUGCGUAAGGCACAUAAUUCUGGACGAAACCAUCUAAGGAACGUUGUGGAAUACUACCAACAAAUCGGACAGGAAAAAGCACAAUCGGUCAUCGACUCGAUUACCUCUUCAUACGCAGCCGAGGGCCAAGCAGUUCCGAACCCUGCUAUGGCUCCUCCUGGUGCUUAUCCCCCUCCGUUUGGGUUUCCGGGUAUGUCUCUCUUGUCUCGUUAUAUUAUCGAAAGCAAAUAA